CAUCACUCAUCACUGGACACCGGGGCCGGACACAUGUAUUAUUCUCUCUGUGUCGUAUGUUACUAAAGUCCGUCAACACAAACUUAACCUAAUUUUUUUCUUGAAAUUGAACAAAAUCGAAAAAAAUAUAAGAAAUGGUGAAAGUUAAGCCUAAAACAGACAAAAAGAAAAAGACCGUUAAUCCACAGGUUACUAAAGAAGUUGAAAAUGUUGUUAGACUACCACCAACACGUAUGUCUGAUGAUCCAGCACCUAAGCAGCCGAAAUGGAUAAACAGACAAAGAGUUUUGGUGUUUGCUGCAAGAGGAAUCAAUCAUCGUCAUCGACAUUUGAUGGAAGAUAUAAAAACUUUGAUGCCACAUCACAAAUCUGAAUCAAAAAUGGAAAGAAGCAAAAAUUUAUAUGUGGUCAAUGAAAUUAGCGAGAUGAAAAAUUGUAACAAAUGUAUUCUUUUUGAGGGAAGAAAGAUGCGGGAUUUAUAUAUGUGGGUGGCCAAUGUACCCAAUGGACCAAGUGUGAAGUUUUUGGUUGAGAAUAUAUACACCAUGGGAGAACUUAAAAUGACUGGUAAUUGCUUGAGAGGGUCAAGACCAUUAUUAUCAUUUGAUCCUCAGUUUACUAAAGAUCCUCAUUAUGGUCUGCUAAAAGAGAUGCUCAUCCAAAUAUUUGGAGUGCCUAAUCAUCAUCCAAAAAGUCAGCCAUUUUUUGACCAUGUUUACACUUUCAUGAUUUUGGACAAUAGAGUAUGGUUUAGAAAUUAUCAGAUUUUGUCUGAAGAUGGUGCCUUGGCUGAAAUUGGGCCUAGAUUUGUAUUAAAUCCAGUAAAAAUAUUUUCUGGGUCUUUUGGUGGUGUGACAUUAUGGGAAAACCCAAAGUAUGUUAGUCCUGCAAAAUUGAGACAAGCAUUCUCUAAAAAAGCUGCUAAUAAAUAUGAGAGGAGGAUUGAGAAGAAAGUGGUUUAUGAAGCCACUAAGCCGGAAACUGGUUACCCAGAUAUUGAAGGUGCAGACUUCUUCAAAGGAGACCCGAUGAGGAAAGCUCACGAAGUUGUGAUUAAGGAAGAGUUAGAAUCCCCGCCUAAAAUUGAAGAAAGUGAUGAUGCUAUUGAGAAACCAGUAUUUACGAAGAAGAUUACAAAAACUAGACCUGACAAAGUAAUCAGAAGAAAACAACUAAAGGCGAAAUCAAAAGCCAUUUCUGAUCAAAUUAAGAAACGAAAACAAUUCAAAAAGAAAAAACCUGGGAAAAAGUAAAAGGAUUGUUUUUAUAUUGAAAUAAAUAUAAAUAAGCAUUUG